CGACGGUCUGCGCGUUCGGAGACUUCGGAGUUUUCGGAGUGAAUCGGAGCCAGUCGGGCUGGGUGGUCGGUAACGUGAGUGUGGUGUGUGCGCGCGCGAGCGACAGACGCGAGACAGCCAACGUGCGAGGGAGCGUGGGUCGCCGCGUCGUGUGGAGCACCGUGUUGUCAUGACGUUCGCGUGAGUCGCGGUCAACGCGUCCCAAGGCAGCGAGCCAGCCAGCGGGUUGUCGAGUGUCUCAGGAACAUGGCGCGCGAUUCCCGGCGCGCCGAUCCGCGACGCGUCGUCGCCGUCGACAACGGCGGUGGUGGCGGCGGAGGCGGAGGCGGAGGUGGUGCGACGGCGAGGUGCAAACUGGUGCUGAUCCUUCUGACGUUGCUGCUGGCGAUCGUCGUCCCUGUCGCGUACGCCGAGAAUCAAGGUCCGUCCCCAGACUUUAGCACACACACACUGGUGAGACCGCGAGUGUAUCACGGCAGGACGAAACGGCAGAUCUCGUCAACCAAAGAGAAUGACCUCGAGCAUGCGGACGUGCUGACGGUGGGUUUCAAUGUGGACGGCGUCGAGCGUGUUCUCGACCUUCGGCUGAACACCGAUUUAAUUCCGGUCGGCUAUCAGCAACUCCACCAGCAUCGCGGCACGUACAAAGUGCACACCCCGUCGAAAGUUGAACUCUGUCAUUACCAAGGUAGCGUUCGAGAUGUUCCUGGCUCGUGGGUGGCGUUAUCCACUUGCAGAGGAUUGCGCGGUGUCAUCUUCGAUGGUGAGAAUCUUCAUCACAUCCAUCCGGAAGAUGAGAGAUUGGAUUCCGGGCAUUACCUUUACAAGCACAGCGAUCUCAUUGCCAAUAAUACGUGUGGUUACGAAGGCACGCCGCCGCACGACGUUCUCCCUCGUGAUCAUCGCGAGAUUAAAAAGUUCUCCAGGCACAAAAGAGCGGCUGAAAUUAUCCGUGGGCCCUACAACGCGAAUAGACAAUCGCGUUACGUGGAGUUAGUACUCGUAAUCGACAAGAAGGAAUAUACCGCCCUCGACGAGAACCUGGACAAAGUGCAUCAACAUUGUAAGGACAUCGCCAACAUUAUCAACGCUCUGUACAUGCCGUUGAACAUAUUCAUCGCCUUGGUCGGCGUGCAGGUCUGGUCUGAGUCGGACGAGAUAGCACUCUCGCCGAACGGCGACACCACGCUGUCGAACUUCCUGCGCUACCGCAGGGAGAAGCUGGUUCAGGAUAUUCCCAACGAUAACGCCCAGCUGUUGACGCGAAUCACUUUCGACGGCGGCGUAGUCGGCAAGGCUCUCAAGGGACCGAUAUGCACCUAUGAAUUCUCCGGUGGCGUCUCCAUGGAUCACUCGAACGUCGUUGGUUUGGUCGCGGCCACUGUCGCCCACGAGAUGGGCCACAAUUUUGGCAUGGAGCACGACGGACCGGAUUGCGGCUGUCCUGAAGAGAAAUGUAUAAUGGCGUCGUCUAGUGGCUCGUCCGGACCAACGCACUGGUCCACAUGUUCAUUGGAACACCUUGCUUUAGCCUUCGAGCAUGGCAUGGAUUACUGCUUGAGGAACAAGCCGCAGAAGCUCUUCGACAGUCCCAUAUGCGGUAAUGGAUUCGUCGAGCCGGGUGAGCAAUGCGAUUGCGGUCUGAAGGAGAACUGCGACAAUCCCUGCUGCAACGUGACCACCUGUAUGCUGCACAGCAAUGCGAGCUGCGCGACAGGCGAAUGUUGCGAUCUGAAGACUUGCAGGCCGAAGACUGCAGGCACGGAGUGCCGAAGUGCUGAACACGAGUGCGACCUGCCGGAAUACUGCACUGGUCAGAGUGAAUAUUGUCCGUCAGACGUGUUUAAGAUGGACGGUGAGACCUGCAGCGUGGGCAAGGCCUUCUGCUAUCAAGGCUCGUGUAGGACUCACGACGAUCAGUGUAAAUUGUUAUGGGGUCCCACCGGUUGGUCCUCCGACACGCAGUGUUACGAGAUGAACAAUAAGGGUACUAAAAACGGUAACUGCGGCUACAAUCGCCUCGAGUCAAGUUUCAUCAAGUGUAACGAUGAAAAUCUCCUCUGCGGCAUGCUGCACUGCAAACACUUGAACGAACGACUAGAAUUUGGUAUGGAAUCAGUCGCGACCUUAAGUCAUUCGUUCAUCAAUAAUGGUGGGAAGAUAAUUCCAUGUCGUUCGGCCAUAGUCGAUCUCGGAUUGAGCCAGGUUGACCCUGGUCUUGCACCGGACGGCGCCAAAUGUGCACCCGGAAAGAUGUGCGUAAAUCAGAGAUGUAUGUCAGUGGCGGAUCUGAGAGCGUCCGUUUCUGGCGGUAAAAAUUGUCCUAAUAAUUGCAAUGGUAACGGAGUGUGUAAUAGUCUUGGUCAUUGCCAUUGUAAUCGUGGUUUUCGACCACCUGACUGCCUUCAGCCUGGAGUUGGUGGUUCCGAAGAUAGUGGUCCAGCCGAUGAUCCCAACGCGAGAAACGAUUUCAUAACUGCGCUUUACGUUAUCUUUCUGGGAGUGGUGCCCGCCACAGCUCUGCUCCUAUUCGGCGUCUGGUACGUCAGAAAUUCCGGACAGCAUUGGAAGAAGGAUGUGAUGUCUACGACCGAUCGCGGCCACAAUGGAUUGCUAAUCAAAACGAUCGAUCGUUCCAGUCCCAUGUCCCGUAACAUCGAAACGAUCGAUUCUAGUCUGAGUCAGGAUCCCGCGUGCGUGAGUUUACUGCCUAAGGCAGAGACCGACGAGCGCUACAACAACAACAUGUUUGGCCAGUUUAAGGGCUUUACGAUCACGCCGAUCCACUCGAAUCAGUCCAAAUUGGCCGAGCCGACGAAACCGGCUCCACCUCCGCCCGGAUGGAUGCCUACCGUGGCGAUAAAGACAAACGUAGUUAAGCCGAACAUGCAAAAGUGCAAUGUCCCGCAAAGGAACAAUCUGUUGAGUUCUAACGAUCCAAGCUCGACCGCACCGGCGUUGCCGCCGCUGAAUCCUGGUUCUACGGCACGACCGUUGAUCAGUAGUCCCGUACUGGCGGCCACAACCUGCACGUCCGUCGAAUUGGUAACCAAGGUACCCACCAGAUCUGCCCCGGACGUGCCUCGAAUGCGUCCAGCCCCGCCACCGCCGACCACUUCUGUGCCUGCUGCGAAGCCGCAGAGACCCAACAGCACGCCCUUGACAAACGUGAUUCUGCCGGAACCCGAGAAGAAGUCGGAAAAGGGCAGCACACUCAAUCGUAUCGCGUCGAUGUUGCGCCCUGGCUCCGGUAUCAUGAGAAGCAACUCCCAGAGUUCACAGAGGGAUGACAAAAACACGAAUUCUCUACCGAGAAACCAGCAUCACAAGGCUAACAAGGUCAUCGAUAAGGAGAUCCUGAGGAACCUCGAGAUCUCCAAUCCGAUACCACAGACGGAGAUCGAGAUCCCGACACCGGUCAUCCCGGUGGUACCAGCGACUGAGGAUGAAAAAAGAAACGUGGUCCUGCGCGCUCAAUCGAUGAGAGACAGCAAAGUUACGUCGAGACCAAUGGUCCAUACGUUUGGUUCGAUGCGUCAGACGACGCCCGUCAAGAGACCCACCAGUAUCCCCGCCAGCACGAGGCCCACGUCGCCACCUCCGGGUCCGCCGAAUAUCGCGCAGACGGAGAAGGCCGCCGAGAGCGCGAUAAAGAUUCCAGGACUACCAGGGUAUCAGAAUCCGCCGGUGAAAACCAUUCAGAAGCCACUGGAGAACACCUAUGACGACUGCAUGAAUUUGAUCGCAGAAUCAUCCCUGACGAAGAUCACGGAGGAAUCGCCCACGAACGAUAAUAUCUACGCGGUAAUAGAAGAACCCGUGCCGGAGAAGAACAGAAAAAACGCGGAAUUGGAUGUAACGCCGGCUGAUAACGAGUAUAAACUACCGAAACGCAUCGAUGCGAUGUCCGGUGGUCCGAAUGGCCUGGAGUCGAUGGGCUUGCUAUCGGAGAUCGUAUCGGAAAUAUCGAAUCGUAAUUUCGACUCCAUAUAUUCCACCUCGACGUUAACCAGAAAGAAGAAAGAGGAUAACGGGGAAGACGCGACGAAAAAUUUAGAAAGUAUGGGCUCCAACAACUCUCUAGGUGGCUACAUGAAUGCUGGGAAUUCGAGCCACUACAAGAUACCCGGUAGUAUUUAUUCAAACUCGACUUCCGGCAAAUUUAAUUCUUCGAGCUCCACUACUAGCUCCGGUUACCUUCAUCCAUCUGUGAUAAACAUUCCGCAAGUGGAGAGAAAAGAGCCGAGCAAAAAUAUUUCGGACGCGAACGAUAAUUUGAAGCCGGUCGAUAAAAGUAAUCUGAGCACCCUCAAGUCUAAUAAUCCUAACAUAAAUGACGAGCUGUCCAAGGAGCUCGGCAUGAAGCCGCCUGAGAAUUCUAUAGGAUACAAACCGUUCACUUCAACAAAAACUCGACCGUCUCAUUUGAUACAUAUCAAGAAAGACGACCAAACAGACAGCAAGAUUCCAGCUAAGCCGCCGUUAAAUAGAACUAAAACGCCUCCGAACAUUGCGAAGAGCCCGACCUCCAAAGAUACGUCCGAGACGAGCGUAAAACUCGCGAGACAAAGUUCAGAUAAUAUGUUAAAAUCCCUGAAAUCCUCGAAAGCUCCCGACACGAAUUCGACAACGGCGAAACAGAGCUCGGAUACAAGUCCAACCGCGAGACAAACGCAACUGAACGCAAGGAAGUCGAGUAGCGACUUAGAUAAAGAAGAGUCACACACAACCGUAUCUGUCAAAAAUGUGCCUUGUAGUCCUAAGGAUAAUCCGGGAAAGUUCAAUAGCCCGGACCUGGUCUCGAGCUGCUCGAACUCGAAUCAGGGCGGAACGAAGUCACCAGAUGUUGUAGGCAGCAAUCCCAGGUUCAGUCUCCCGCUGAAGACCGUUCAGAAGACACCCACGUUGCCGAGGGGUGGCCAGAAGACACCCACAACGCCAUUGAAACCACUCAACAUUACAUCCAAAACAGCCAGUCUUUCGGAGAGGAAGAAGUCUCCGACUGGCAACGCAAGCGUGACUAAAUCGCUAUCACCGUCCGCCAAGGAGGCGAGCAACGCUGCUACCAAACCGUCGCUGACGCCGAAGGUGUCGACUAAAACGGAAACCAAAAACGGGGACGGAGGUGCAACGGCGAGGACGAAUCCGCUACAAAGAGUGGCGAGCGGUAAAUCCAACGUGGCGUCGCUCCAGCAAAAGUUCGAAGCCAACAAGAACAAUUCUGGUGUUGCGAGGACUAUGCCGAGUGCGAAUAGUAAAAAACUGAUGGCACGAACAGAAGUCGGUGGCGGCGGAGUGAGAAAAUGAACAAUUAUCCGAAAAAGUCUGGUAGUCCGACCUUCCUGAUGCUCGAACAUGCUCGACAAAAGGAUCGGAAAAGCGUUAGAGAUGGCUGCCAGAGAAAUCUAUACUUGAAACAUUCUAGUCCGUCACAUUGAAUCGUUCUCGAUUGUAAACAGAUAUACGCGUCCAUGGUAAACGAGUACAUCGUGAGCAUGCACGAGUAUAAACGAGUAAAUAACACGCGAGGGCGAUAUAUCUCUGUAACUUCUUAUUUAAGAACUCUUAAACGGAAGUUUAAAAAAAAUAGUACAAGGAUCGAGUCUUUUCCUCUAAGAUUCAUAAAAUGCUAAUUUUACAAUAUAUUUCUUGUCGGAAAUAUUAAGAUAGGUGUGCGGCCGCAUAAGAGAAAGGCGAUAUUGAAAACUUGUAAAUAGUGCCCACACUUGAAAAUUCUCAUAUUUUUUGUAGAGACUAUCCAUUGCCGACGUUCAGGCGUACCUAUGUAAGCCAAUAAUUACCGUAAUAUUUAACUUAAGCGUUUUAUAAGCGAUACUGCGAGGUAAGCGACAGUUAUUUUCGAAACCAUCGCUUGAAACUGAAAGGAGCGUGUAUGGAAUUAAUUGACCUCUGUGAUAUAUGUAUAUGCAUAAAGAAAUAUUGCACAGAAAACACUAUUACGCCAAAUUGUUACGGCUAGCAGAUUUUAGACGCGACCAAAUUAUUUUAUAUCAUACUACAUAAAUCAUACUGAAAAAAUGCGCCGUUAAGUUUUUUAAAAAGCCAUCGGAAAUCGCAGUCAUAUCCGACGUAGCUCCGUUAACAAAGGGGGAGAGCAGGGUCCCUUUUUUUCUAAAGAUUAAAUGUUAUGAGAGAUCAAGAUGCAAGAUUGUGUACCUUCGAGAAUCCCGUGGGAAUCAAAAUGGAAAUGCUAUUAGUUAGGAGAGUCUAGAGAUGUUAGCACACGCUAAUAACACAACACUGCGAAUCGAAUUAAGGUGAUAUCCCGUCGCCGGCAAGGUAGGCAAGAAACCGCUAAAAUAUAUUUUUGGCCUCGGUCGCGCAGCGUCACGCAAUCUAUUUAGUUUCUCAUUAUCCUUUUGCGUAAAUCAGUAACAGAGGCUUGCUUCGUCUAGGGCCGCUCUAGACGCAAAGACUAAAACUAUUUAUUUGACUGAUACCCGUGUAAAUAUGUUCGUAAGAUAUAGGCAUUUAGAGUUAAAGUGAAGUUUUGUACGAUGUACCUUCGCGCCGAGAGUAAGUUACGUUCGUAAGUUACCCCUACACGCGUUUAUAUUAUACGUAUGUUCGCGAGAAAGAGCGAGAGCAGCUUUUUGAACGUCGAUCGAGUCUAUCGUUAAGCGUGAAAUUGAGGAAAGGUUUUAUUGAACUAGUAAGGGCUGUCGGUCGAACUGCGUUCGUGCAUUUACUGUCCUCUUUUUGUUCCCUUCCGCGCAGCGAAUUUCCUUGUACGAAUCGACACUUUGAUUCGUAGCGUUAUCCAGUUUGUAAUAGUUCCUACAUGCGGAGCGUCCAGAAAUCAUCCCACCACAGAGUUUCAAUAAAGAGGUUCAAUAAAGCUUUUUGACCAUUUACUGUGCGUUGCUUUUUCCGCUUGUUUCUUUACGCGCGAGACGUUAUGUGCGUUGCUUUUUGAUACGAGGACAAUCAGACGUUCGUUUUUAGCGUACGGCGUACGGGAAGAGGCUUGCUUCAGCAACCCCUGGCUCGUUAUUAAUGAAUAAGUAUUAUCCCUAAGAGUAUUCUUUCAAAAAAACAAGAAGAAAAGUAAAAGAAGCGUUAUAAAUAUCACUAAAAUGUGUUGAAAAGAAACCAAAUAUUGAAUAGCAAUGCAACGAGUGAUUGCACCAAUUGCGACUGUAUAAUACAAAUAUUCGAUUAAUUGGCUCGAAAGUACAACGCGCAACGCGCAAUCGAGGUCGUAAUACAACACUUCGUCUUACACCGAUUAGCAAAAAUAACAAGAACAAAGGCUUCAUUGCAAUACAUACUGUACAUUCGGUACCAAAGAUAAGUAGCAUCCUAUCGACACUGCUGAGAUAAGUACUACAAUAAUUAAUUACCUAGCCGUCGGUUUACGAUAAUUGUGUACAUUAAAACCCAUAACGAUGUUACAAUAAAGUCUUUAUUCCAACUAAA